AGAUAAGUCUCGAUAGGGAAUGGAAAGAAGAGAAGGUUUACUUUGGGUUUGACAGGAGUAAAGGGAAUCUAUUAGAACCCCUCAAGAACAAAAAUUCCCGAAGAAGUGGAAAAUCUUGGGUUUUAGGAAUAAGGGAAGGCGAAGGUGAAGGUUAGUCUGUGAGGGUGCAGAACAGCAGAAAUCUUUUUUCUUAUGGUCUAUGGGAUGCCAGCAACAGAAGUAUUGUAUCCAAAGGUGUUGGAGUCCGAGUCGACGUUAUUUUCUUUUCUGGGUUUUGCUCUUAUUCUCCGCCUUCGACAACCUGCAUUUCCCAGCCACAAUUACAAUCGAGAUCCCUCUUCUUUCUACUACUUAAUACUAUGGAGUUUUCCUUCUCUAGUUCCUCUUCUAAAUCAGUGAGGAUGGUUUCGCGUUCCUUUCUCUGCAUUCUUCCUCUUUUCUGCCUCGGCUUCUAUCCCAAUGUUCCGAUUGUGCAAGCAUUUACUGGGACCUAUGGAAUAAAUUAUGGCAGGAUAGCUGAUAACAUCCCUCCACCUGAAAGCGUUGUGAAACUUCUUAGAGCAGCGAAGAUAAAGAAUGUUAGGAUAUAUGAUGUUAAUCACAGUGUACUGAAUGCUUUUAGUGGUUCUGGGCUUGAAUUAGUAGUUGGACUUCCCAAUGAAUUCCUGAAAGACAUGAGUGCGAAUGAGGACCAUGCCAUGAGUUGGGUAAAAGAAAAUGUACAGUCAUUCCUUCCGGGAACACAUAUCCGUGGAAUUGCAAUUGGGAACGAGGUGCUGGGGGGCAGCGAUCAGGAACUCUCACAGGCUCUUCUGGGUGCAGCAAAGAAUGUUUAUAAUGCCAUCAACACGCUUCAUUUGGCUGAUUUAAUUCAGAUCCAAACUGCACAUUCACAGGCUGUGUUUGCUAAUUCCUAUCCUCCAUCUUCAUGUGUUUUUAACGAUAAUGUCAUUCAAUACAUGAAGCCACUUUUGGAGUUCUUCUCACAGGUCGGAUCUCCUUUCUUUCUCAAUGCCUACCCCUUUUUGGCCUACAUGUAUAAUCCCAAGGAUAUUGAUCUUAAUUAUGCUUUGUUCCAACCAAACCCUGGAAUUUAUGAUGAGAAGACUAAACUCCAUUAUGAUAACAUGCUUGAUGCUCAAAUCGAUGCUGCUUACGCAGCUUUAGAAGCUGCUGGAUUUGGAAAGAUGGAAGUCAUAAUUUCAGAAACUGGUUGGGCUUCUCAUGGGGAUACAACUGAAGCUGUGGCCACAGCUAGCAAUGCUAGAACUUAUAAUUAUAAUCUCCGUAAACGGCUUGCCAAAAAGAAGGGGACCCCUCUCAGGCCAAAGAUAGUGGCAAAGGCAUAUAUAUUUGCCCUGUUUAAUGAAGAUUCGAAGCCUGGGCCGACAUCUGAGAGGAACUUUGGAUUGUUUAAAGCUGAUGGCAGCAUCGCAUAUGAUAUUGGGUUUAGAGGGCUCCAGACUUCGUCAGCAUCCUCAUCAAUAUCUUUGACGGGGCUGGAUCGUAUGGAAAGCAAUUCCUCAUGCUAUCCUUCGAGGAAAUAUGGAAAGAGAGAGUGAGAAGGAUUUUUGAAGGGGAAGCAAGAAAACUACAAAGAUAUGUUCAGAAACAAUUUCUUCCCUCAUUUAUUGGGCUUAUGGCUGCAGAGACUGUGCAGGAGUUGAAAGAAACUACCAAGAUAUGUUCUACAAUAACUUCUUUACUCAUUCAACCAGAUUGGAAGAAUAUUAUUCUGGGGGAAUUAAAUCAGUCUAUAGUUAUUUUUACAGCUUUUGUAAAGAUAUGUAAAUAUUGGAGUUAAUGAAAGAAACACACCAAAAGUAUGCUUAUAAAGCUUAUUUU